AUUUGACAAAUUGACAACAUUGUUUUUUUGAGUAAAUAAUGUAGAUUUUCCCUUAGUAAACACAAUUUUCGUGAGAAUUCUUUAUGUUUUUUCUUGUAUUUAUUGAACUAAUUUAUCGAAAAACCCAUUCGAAUUCGAUACGGAUAGGUAUAACAAGUUUUAAGAGUUCUUGAAAAGAAUAUUGUAUACCUUUGGUAGGAAACGAGUUUCUUUUCUAAAUUAACUCUAUUUAACAACGAAACCAUGACUCUUCAAGAGACUAUGAUCAGCCAAGAGCUGGCAAACGUAGAUUUAACAAAGGUGGCAGCAUUACAACAGAAGCGUACAUUAGCCUUCGUGAACCACUUUGUACUGACCAAUGUACAGUUCUUGAACAACUUCAUGAAGAGAUGUGAACAGAAGCUCAUGGACUUUGAUAGGAAGCUGGAGAAAGUUAAUGCGGCUAUGGUCUUGUUGGAGGCUAGGCUCUCAUCAAUCCCAGAACUAAACACAACAGCACCAGUUACAACUGAGAAGCCUGCAGAAACCACAGAAGCUACUCCCAGCAAAGAAACCCCAGCUCCAUCAUCAGAAGUGACCCAUACCACUGCUCCUGACCCCACACCAGAGGCUCCCACUCAAGCAGAAGACACUGUUGAAGGGAAGCCCCAAUCUCAUCCAGAAUAUGACAGAUUUGUAAAAAUGGUGCAAGUGGGAGUACCACUGCAAGCUGUCAAGUUAAAACUGUCAUUGGAAGGAUUAGAUCCUAAUGUUCUAGAUCAGAUUUUGGGAAAAUAGUUGAAUGUACUAGUGUCAAAGUUACUUUUGCCAAAACUAAGCAGCUGCUGAAUAUGAGCUACUGGCUAAUUGCUUUAUUAUUCGUACUUUACUUUCAGGAGUUAGGUGAAAAUUGUAUAUAAGUAGUUGUAAGUUUUAUAAA